AUGAAAAUGAGGGUUUUAUUCCUGUUCGGAGUGUUGGCCGUUGUGUCAUCAGCACCACAACAAGGCGGAGAAAAAGUGAUAGCCAUUGUUGCACAGGAGUUCGACCAUCAGCCCGAUGGAUCUUACCGAUACAAUUACGAGACAGAAAAUGGUAUUAAAGCUGAAGAGACAGGAACUCUGAAAAAAGCCAGCAGUCCUGAUACGGCUGACGUGAUCGUUGCUCAAGGAGGAUUCAGUUACACAGCACCUGAUGGCACUGUUAUCAACCUCAACUAUAUAGCUGAUGAUGAUAAUGGAUUUAAACCCGAGGGUGCACAUCUGCCAACUCCACCACCUAUUCCCCCAGAAAUUCAAAAGGCUCUCGAUUUCCUAGCUACACUGCCACCACCACCGCCCACCAGAAACUAG